UGCUCUGGGAGGACAGGAGUCUGCAGAGGAAACAGAAAGUUCAGAGGGGUGCAAAAGAAGAAGGAACAGAAUUAGAAAAAGCAAAGGACCUCCCUCCUUCUCAUUCUGCAGCUCCUGCAAGAGCCAACAACCCAGAAGUAUUAUCUAAGCUGCCACAGUAGAUCUUGACCUUUUUAACAGAGUAUCUCUUACCAUCAUCAUCAUGGCCGAGAUUACAGCAGAAGGACGUAUGUCUACAACCACAACAAUAAUAGAUGGUAAGAACGGAUCCGUUCCCUCAUCAUCCAUGAAAGUGGGCAAGAAAUCAGUUACAGAAGACCUCGUGGCAACGUUCAGCUCACCAGCAGCAUGGCUUCUUGUUGUUGCUUUGAUUGUUACCUGGUCAGCAGUAGCUAUUGUAAUGUUUGACUUGGUGGAUUACAAAGCCUUUGCAGGCACCUAUUCACAACAUUGCGAUGAUCCCUGUUUACCACCUGGGAGAUCUGUUAACAAGCUCAGCACAGAACCACUGAGAAUCAUUCAUGAAACACUCGAAGAAUCCACUGAUUGGCUUUAUGGCUUUAUUUCUUUACUGUCUGACAUCGUGUGGAGUGAUGAUGAUGACAGUGAUGAAGGUAUUUGUAGUGUAAAGACUUCU